AUGCUUGAUAAAACGACUCCACGAGAUAACGAGACAAGAUUAAUCCUGGAGAGGGAUAUAUACAAAUAUGAAAUUCUCAAUGUCAUUGCAUGUGAAGGAUCAGAAAGGAUUGAGAGGCCCGAGAGUUACAAGGAAUGGAAGGUACGAAGCCUCAGGGCCAGGUUUGAGCAGCUUCCACUGAAUCCAACCAUUGUUAAUGGAAUACAACAUAUUGUGAGACAGAUUUAUCACAAAGACCUUUUUGUCGAUGAAGAAGGCCAAUUCCUGGUGUUGGGUUGGAAGGGAAGGAUAGUCUAUGCAUUAUCCACAUGGAAGCCAAGUGAGUCUAACAAUGAAGGCACUGCUGAUAUUUGA